GGUAGCUACGCCAGGCACCCGGGUGCUCAUAUGAGUUGAAGCACCUUGCUGCAUUUUUCCUGAUAUUGCUCCUCCUGCUGUCAGAAUGAGAGACCCUUAUUCCAACAGCGUGCUUCAGUGGUCCAACUCCAUGUUUUUGCCUCUUCAACCUCGCUAUUCUCAGCCCUUUUCCUACUUCUCAUCAAGCAACUUGGUUACUGGUACUCACUGCCAAACAUCUGCUUCCUCCCCUCCAUUCGAAGCCCUUCCUCUUAUCAACCGCUUAGGCCUUCAUAUGCCUGACGAGCCUUCACCCUCUCAUGGCUCGUCGAAACAAGAUGAGAGCCUGUUUUUGCAGAAAGCCGAUGCUGACCGUGAUAACGAUAACGGGGUAACUGUGGCUCUACAGAUAGGACUCUCUGUAACACCUUGUCCGGCUUCAGAGCUAAAAAAAGAGGAAACCACCGUGGAUGCGGCCGAUGCCAUCAGGUGUCGCUUGGACAAGCUAAGCCAGGGUCACUACUGGAUCCCUACUCCUAAGGAGAUUCUGGCUGGUCCUCAACAAUUCUCAUGUCCUGUUUGCCAGAAGACCUUUAACAGAUAUAAUAACCUCCAGAUGCAUAUGUGGGGACAUGGAUCGGAGUACAGGAAAGGGCCUGAGUCGUUAAAGGGAACAGGGAGUACAAAAGCACGAGCACAAGAAAGUAAUGAUGGCUUGAUGCUGCAAAGGAUCCCGUGCUACUGCUGCGCGCCUGGGUGCAAACACAACAUCCGACAUCCGAGAGCAAGGCCUCUCAAAGACUUCAGGACCCUUCAGACCCACUUCAAGAGAAGGCACGGCUAUGGAAGCAAGCCAUUCACUUGUCGAAAAUGCAGCAACAAGUCAUUCGCUGUGAAAGGCGAUUGGAGAACCCACGAGAAAAACUGCGGCAAGAUUUGGUACUGCGUCUGCGGCUCCGACUUCAAGCACAAAAGAUCCUUGAAUGACCAUGUUAGGGCCUUUGGCCUUGGCCACGCACCUUCGUUUGCUUGACCUGCCUUAUGCCUUGUUAAUUUUCUCUCCAGAAACUUUGGGUCGAACACUAUGCAAUUUCAAGAAAUGGCGCUGAUCUUUCUAUUUGCUUUUUGUCGGGCCUUCAUUCUUUUUAGCAAUCAUAAU